AUGGCGAAGACGAAGACUCCCGGAAAGGUUGCCCCGCGAUCGACUCCUUUUGGGGAUGAUUUCCGGACUAGCAAGAAGGAUAAGCGGCAGAUUAAGCAUGCCACUUUGAUGUCUAAGAUUGCCAAAAAUUCCUCUAAGACCCCGAAGAAGCGUCGUGCGUCAAAGAAAUUGAUCGCCAACCUCGAAUCUCUGGCAGAUGCACUUCCCGAUGCUGCCGACGAGUCCCACGAUGUCACGAGCCAAGUCAACGUCAUCAAACAGAAUACUCUCCGACACAAACCUGGUGCCUUGAAACGUCGGGAAAAGUUGGAGAAGGUGGAACGAGAUCGAUUCGCGAAGAACAUGGCUCAGAUGUCAGGACUACAGCCCACUUUUCCAACUGAAACCACUGGCGAUGGCAGCGCAGCUCCCAACCCCACGGCCUCUCGCUGGUCUGCGUUGCGAAGCUUCAUCUCUCAGACGAUGGAGCAACAGCCUGUUUUCAAGCAGGACAAAUAA